AUGUAUUUCAACCGCAAGUCCAUUUUACUGAUUUUGGCCGUGCCCUUGGGUAUCGUGGCCUCUCCCAUUCAGGAGCAGAGCGCGGCCAAUGGCUGGGUUGAGCACUACCGUGAGACCGGUAGAGGUGGCGGUUCUCUCAUUUACUUCGGUCCCCCAACCGGCAGUCAGACCGAACAAUCUGAGACAGUCAAUCUCCAGCAACGCAGCUGCGGGAACGCGAACAAAACGCCCGUCUGUGAUAGUUCGCAUGCGGCUCGGAAUGGCAACUGUGUCGCUCUCGUGUCUGAGCUUUAUGACAACUCCGAUGCGACAGUCGGUGAAUCGCCGCGCCAGAUAUGCUACCAAGGUGACUCUGACAAGAACGCGUUCUGCUGCGUCUCAUGGCAUUCUAAAAUCACUGGCCUCCGGAAAAGCGACCUAGCCCCCUAUGCUAGUACCAGUGAGUCAACAGCUUUUUAG